GACUGACGAUAAGUUGGAAAAACUUAAAACGCUUAUCUCUAAUUCUACUUAUCCAUGUGUUCAUACGUGAGACAGUUCUUUUAUCGCUCCCUCCAGCUUAUGUGGGAGGCUUCUGUCUAUCUAUGGGAGGAGUUGGAACGCAAUAGAGAGACCUACUGAUACUUUUAUUUAUUUGUGGCUUAGGUCGCUGGCACAAGGGGCCACGCUGGGACAGGUCGCAGCCACAGUUCUAUAGACAGACAUGGACUUAACAGCUGAAAAACACUCCAUACCUCUGAGUGAUGGAAACAGCAUACCUUUGGUAGGACUGGGAACUUAUGGGGACCCCCGCACGACUCCUAAAGGAACUGCAUGUGAAUCAGUCAAAGUGGCCAUCGAAGUAGGGUACAGACACAUUGAUGGAGCUUUGGUCUAUUUCAAUGAACAUGAAGUGGGACAAGCUAUAAGGGAGAAAAUUGCAGAUGGAUCUGUGAAGAGAGAGGACAUAUUCUACUGUGGGAAGUUAUGGAACACAUUCCAUCCUCCAGACAUGGUCCGACCUGCCUUGGAGAAAACUCUGCAGACACUGCAGCUGGAUUAUGUUGACCUCUAUGUUGUUGAAAUGCCCACAGCCUUCAAGCCAGGAGAUACAUUUUACCCCAAGGAUGAAAAUGGAAAGUACAUUUACCACGAGACAGAUCUCUGUGCUACAUGGGAGGCCAUGGAGGCUUGCAAAGAGGCUGGGCUAGUAAAAUCUAUCGGCGUAUCCAACUUCAACAAGCGACAACUGGAGUUGAUCUUGAACAAACCAGGGCUGAAACACAAACCUGUGUCUAACCAGGUUGAAUGCCACCCGUAUUACACUCAGCCAAAGUUGCUUGAGUACUGCAGGCAGAAUGACAUUGUCAUUGUGGGAUACAGCCCCUUGGGGACUUCCAGAGAUGCAUCCUGGGUGAACCUAAAAUGUCCCCCCCUGUUGGAGGAUGAGUUAUUGGUAUCUAUUGCUAAAAAGUACAACAAAACCUCAGCACAGGUGGGCUUAAGGUUCAACGUGCAGAGAGGAGUGGUGGUGAUCCCAAAGAGCUUCAGCCCUGCACGCAUUAAGGAGAACUUCCAGAUAUUUGACUUCGCUCUGUCAGAGGCUGAGAUGAAGGCAAUUGAGGGACUGAACAAAAAUAUACGAUUUGUGGAGCUUCUCAUGUGGUCUGAUCAUCCAGAGUACCCAUUUCACGAUGACUACUAGAGGCUACAAGAAACUACUGUCAGAUCACAAAGUUAUCCUGUUCAUUUUGCUGUUUUUUAUUGUUCUUGGUAUAAAUUGAAAUUUAUUUUGGUAUAUAUGAAUAAAAGACAGUAUAUUCCUUGUAUUUUUAACAGGCCUUAGAAACAAAGCUGAUUGUAGUUAUUAUUUUACAAUGAAAUACAAAAUCCUGAUGUAGCCACUGAUGAACUGAACUUUGUUUUAUUUAUUUUUUUAAUCAAAAGCAUGUAAGACCAAUCUAUAUACAACUGGUUAACAAUGUUAUUAUUAUUUUGUAAGACAAACCAAUGCAUUUCUGUGAGUUGUAAAAUGAUCUGGAGAGAUAAGAAACAGUAAAGUUUGCCAAAAAGGUGACAAUGGUU